ACCCGACCUGAGACUGUCAGUGAAGAGGUGAGUCUUUACCUUCAGACCUUCAAACCUCGUCUCUCAAUCAGAACCUUCAUUUCUUCUAACACAUCCCCUCCACUCCCAACUUUCACCACAUCCGGAACGGCAGCAAAUUUCACUGUACGCCGAUUCCUGUCAGAUCCGUUUGUGAGGCGAAUUUCAUGGCAGGUUAUGGAGAGCAGGAGGUUCUUCACUAUGGUCUCCUUCAGCAGGAUGAUCUUCUCUCAGAACCUGAACCUGAACUUUGUUUGUUCCUCAGUGACCGAGACCAGAUCUACAUCGGGGACGAUAACGCUCUGACUCUGGAGGUCACCGCCGAGAACAAAGGAGAGGGAGCAUACGAGGCCGAGCUGCACGUCUACCCGCCUCAUCAGGCCGACUUCACCGGGUUCGUCCGCAGUCAGGUAACCUCACCUGGACACCUGAACUCAGAACCUGUCCUCAGUCUGCCCCUCAGGUCCAAAGUCCUCUGGUUUACAUGAAGAACCGUUUGUGUUCUGGUCUUCUUUCAGACUCACAGCAGACUCUCCUGCGCCUACAAGACCGAGAACCAGACCAAGAAGGUGGUGUGUGACCUGGGGAACCCCAUGAAGCCUGGACCUGAGGUCAGUCUGAGAAACCCAAUCAGAGAUAACUUAGUCAUGUUUGAGGGCGGGGCCAGUUGGGAAGAGAUCCAAUCAGAACCAGAACCUCAGUGCCAUGACGAUGUUAGACACGCCUGUGGUCUGGGCCAGGUUUAGUCUCUAGAACCAGACUCUGAAGGGUUGAAGUGAUCUAACAUGAAAUUUGUUAUUGUCUCUGCUCUCUGAUUGGUCCUCUGCUGCCCUCCUGCUCUCUGAUUGGUCCUCGGCUGCUCUCCUGCUCUCUGAUUGGUCCUCUGCUGUCCUCCUGCUCUCUGAUUGGUCCUCUGCUGCUCUCCUGCUCUCUGAUUGGUCCUCUGCUGCUCUCCUGCUCUCUGAUUGGUCAGAUUAAAGCAGAGCUAAUGUUCAGCGUUCACCAGCUGUCAGAGGAGGACACCUCAGUGAAGUUUGACCUUCAGAUCGUCAGGUACGCUCCACACUUGAACACACAGUAGGACCCUCCUGUAGAUCGUCACUGUCUGCAGAUAAACAUCGUUUUUAUUCGUCUACUUUAUUAUCAUUUACUCAAACUUCAGAUCCUGUUUCUAAACUCUGAACUCAGACUCACUCCUACAAACUCAAUAAAUGGAUCAUUUUCUUCUCAAAAACACAUUUUCUUAAAUAUUUACUAACUCUUAUUUCUAAAUCAAACUCUUCUGUCUCUGCUCACACUAACUUUACUGAAAUAAAUCUGACUCUACAUGAAAUUAUCCUGUCAGAGAAAAACUCUUGUUUUUACUUCAUAAGGUAGAUUCAGACGAUCAAAGUUCACCAGGUUCAAAAUACUGAUUAUUACUGACAUGAUAAAAACUACAGAGACUUUAAUGUUUCAGUUUUACAGGAAAAACAUGAAAUUCACAGUUUUUACUCUAAAUUUCCUGGUUGGAAACUGUUUGUCCACAGGAAACGUUCACAUUCAGAAGCAUUUCUGCUCCUCUCACUGCUCUCCUCCCUCGGCCUCUCGCUCUUCCUCUUCCUCUUCCUCUUCCUCGUUCAGACACUUCAGCGUUUGUCUUCUUCUGUCCAUCUCUCCUCACACUCCUCCUUUUAACCUUUGAACUCUGAGUCUAAGUCAGACCAGAAUCAGCUGUUUUCGCACCAGUUGACCCGACAUAAACCAUCUGUGUGUCGAUGAUUCAGUUGUUAGUUUCUGAUCAGAUUGAUUGAUUUUGAUCUGGUCUCAUUACAGCAGCAGAGGUUUUUAUUCUGUAUCUGAGGGUUAGACUAUUGUUAUUAUGGGAUGUUGUGAGUUAACAUUCAUAAAUAAAACAAAAACAUCGUUUUGUUGGGAGGUGUCGCUCUUGUGUAAAUGUGUUCACUGACUGGAUGUUGUGUGAAAACGACAUGAAAUGUGUGAAUGUUUGACCACAAAGACCGACGCUGUGAGAGUUUAGAGUUUAGAACAUGUGACGACGGAUCGGACAAACGUUUGUGAGAGACUGAAAAUAAACUUUAACUGUUCGUCCUCUUAGAAAAUUAAAACAGAAAAACUUCCGAAUAAACCAGAACCAAGAACCAGAACCAGAAUCCAGACCUGGUUCAGGAGAAGUGUGAUGAGUCAGCGCUCUGUUUACUUUCAUUACAGCUCAGACUCUCCUCUCUCUCACACACACACACACACACACACACACACACACACACACACACACUGUUUACUGUGUCAGUGUGUGUGUGGGCGAGAGAGAGAGAGAGAGAGAGAGAGGAGGAGGAGAGGAGGUAUGUUAAUGACAGGUUAGAGCUGGUUUCACUGACAGCUCACACUUCUCCUUCUCCUCCUCCUUUUUCUUUUUCUUCUUCUCCUCCUUCUUCUCCUCCUUUUUCUUCUCCUUCUCCUUCUCCUUCUUCGCUCAGGCGGUUAAAUAUAAAAACUCUCAUAUUUAAAUAUUUCAGAGCUUUUGUUCCUGAUCGUCAAACUUUGUCUCCUGAAGAAACCGGAGUGUUGAAACUUCUCUGUGGUUAGUCUGAAACAGUCAGGAACUGAUGUAGGACUGCAGCACCGCCCUGUGGCUGCUUCUGGAACUGCAGGAACAAACCUACUGACAUUACAAUAUGAUUUUUACAGAGCUGGGUCUCAGGCGGUUUUAUAAACACUGAAAAGUAUAAAUCAGGAUUUUCCUGCAGUGUUUUUAUCCUGAGUGUCCAUUUCUGUGUUUCAGCUCAAACCCCUACAACAACACCAGUCCUAGAGUGUCCAGCGUCACCAAACUCGCCGUCCUCGCCAAAGUCUCCAUCAGAGGGUAACACACACACACAAACACACACUCUCACACACACACACACACACACACACACACACACACACUGAAUACACUUCAUACUUCCUCAGAGCAGAAAUGUCAGACGGAGGAUUAAAGAUCCAGUUUUCUAUCAUCUAAAAACAACCACAUGUUUUUCUUCUUCAGGUCUUCGUCUCCCACUCAGGUUCUUCUUCCCAUCGCUAACUGGAAACCUCGAGAUCCUCCUGUGACCGGAGACGACCUGGGCCCUCAGAUAGUCCACGUCUACGAGGUGAGACCCCGUGGAGUCCCUGUUCACAGGUGUAGCUCCUGUGUGGUUUGUUGGUCCAGCUGACCACAUGGACUGAGGACAGACUCUGAUCAGGGUCUGAGUCGGACUCUUGGACUGAGGACAGACUCUGAUCAGGGUCUGAGUCGGACUCUUGGACUGAGGACAGACUCUGAUCAGGGUCUGAGUUGGACUCUUUUCCUGACAGUUUGUCUGCUGACGUCCUAGUGGAAACAAGGGGACAGAAGUCCUAGUGUGGUUCUGGUUCUGGUUCUGCUCAGUCCUGUUAAUAAUGAAGAAAAAUCAGAUGGACUUUCAGGCACAAACGCACCCUCAAGUUCUGCAGCUCUGUACCAGUCUAGUGUGCUGGUUCUGAUUGUGGACUGUGUUUGUGGUUCUGAUGGUACUGGCCCAGUCCUGGUGUUCUCAGACUAGUCCGGUCAUCAUGUCUGAUGGUCCAUGUUCUAACCGGGUCGAGUCAGGUUCUGAAUCAUGGAUCUAUGUUUCAGCUGCUGAACAGCGGGCCCAGCACCUUCAGUAAGGCGUCUCUGGAGGUGGAGUGGCCGUAUCACUACAAGAACGACUCGCUGCUCUACAUCACCAGCUACGAGACGGAGGGACGGAUCAACUGCACCACCGACAUGGAGCUCAACCCGCUCAACGUGACGGUGAGAGAAACACACUACUGUCUCUUUAAAUAAGGGGCGGGGUCAUAAAACGACUACUGUCUCUUUAAAAAAGGGGAGGGGUCAUAAAACGACUACUGUCUCUUUAAAACAGGGGAGGGGUUAUAAAACGACUACUGUCUCUUUAAAUAAGGGGAGGGGUCAUUACAUGACUACUGUCUCUUUAAAUAAGGGGAGGGGUUAUAAAACGACUACUGUCUCUUUAAAAAAGGGGAGGGGUUAUAAAAUGACUACUGUCUCUUUAAAUAAGGGGAGGGGUCAUAAAACGACUACUGUCUCUUUAAAAAAGGGGAGGGGUCAUAAAACGACUACUGUCUCUUUAAAAAAGGGGAGGGGUCAUAAAACGACUACUGUCUCUUUAAAUAAGGGGAGGGGUCUAAAAACAACUACUGUCUCUUUAAAUGAGGGGAGGUGUCUAAAAACGACUACUGUCUCUUUAAAAAAGGGGAGGGGUUAUAACAUGACUACUGUCUCUUUAAAUAAGGGGAGUGGUUAUAAAACGACUACUGUUUUUUUUUUUAAAAGGGGAGGGGUCUAAAAACGACUACUGUCUCUUUAAAAAAGGGGAGGGGUUAUAACAUGACUACUGUCUCUAAAUAAGGGGCGGGGUCAUAAAACGACUACUGUCUCUUUAAAUAAGGGGAGUGGUUAUAAAACGACUACUGUUUUUUUUUUUAAAAAGGGGAGGGGUCUAAAAACGACUACUGUCUCUUUAAAUAAGGGGAGGGGUCAUAAAACUACUACUGUCUCUUUAAAUAAGGGGAGGGGUUAUAAAACGACUACUGUCUCUUUAAAUAAGGGGAGGGGUUAUAAAACGACUACUGUCUCUUUAAAUAAGGGGAGGGGUCAUUUCUGUAAACUUGGCGGAAAAUCAUCAACAUCAGACUGAGAGUCACUUUUAAAAUCAUAUUACUGUGUGUGUGUGUGUGUGUGUGUGUGUGUGUGCGCGUGUGUGUGUGUGUGUGUGUGUGUGUGUUUCAGAACCCUCUGACCUCCACGAAGAACACCAGCGUUACACCAACCGGCGAUCGAGACACUGAGGGGCGACACCGCACCAAGAGAGACCUGGAGGCAGCGAGAGAGAAAUCGAGCGAACUGCAGACACUGGUACACACUCAAACACACACACACACACACACACACACUCAAACACACACACGUACACACAGACACACACACAGAGAGUGUCAUGGAGGGUGUUAUUCUUCUGCGGUUAAACUACGGUGUCCUGAAAGGUAAAAAAAGGUCAAACAGCAGGAAACAGGUGAAGACUGACCGCUACACAAAAAACAAGAUAAUCUGACUGUGCAGUGAUCAUCUGUGUGUGUGUGUGUGUGUGUGUGUGUCUGUGUGUGUGUGUGUGUGUGUGUGUGUGUGUGUGUGUGUGUAGGACUGCACCACUGCACAGUGUCUGCGGCUCAAGUGUCAGGUCGGUCGUCUGGAGAGGAGGGAAAACGCCAUCCUCUUCAUCUACUCACGACUCACCGUCAACAACUUCCUCCGGGUAAACACACAACAACAAACACACACACACACAGACAGACACACACUCUCAGCGCCCUCAGGUCCACAGGUGUGUGUUCACGCUCAUGUCCUUCUCCUCAGACGGAGAAUCAGAACCGCUCGUACACAGUCAGAUCCACGGCCUCCUUCUCCGUCAUCGAGAUGCCGUACAAGAACCUGGUGUCGGAGCUGCCGUCGGCCAGCACCACGGUGAGACACACACACACACACACACCUGAGCGGACUGUGUCGAGCUUUGUUUGUGUCCAGGUGUGUGAAGGUGUCGGUGUGUUGAUGCUGGUGUGUGUUUUCAGGUGAGUUUGUCGGUGAUGUGGGUCGCAGAACCUCCUCAGCCGGUCCCAGGAUGGGUGGUGGCUCUGGCCGUGUUAGCCGGACUUCUGCUGCUGGCUCUGCUCAUCUUCAUCAUGUACAAGGUCAGACACGCACACACACACACAAACACACGCACGUGUUUCUGCUCACUUCGUUCACCUCCUCUCUUCUUCUCCUCCUCCUCCUCAGCUGGGCUUCUUUAACCGAGUGCGCCCCCCGCAGGACGACAGCAUGGAGAAGGAGCAGCUGCAGCCGGAGGAGAACGGAAACACUGACGCUUAG